AUGCGAGGCCUCGGGCCAGGCCUGACCGCGGGGCGCUUCCUCUCGCUGCGGUUCCCCCCGCGGCCGCCGCGGCUGCGCGAGAAGACGCCGGCGCCCGCCGAGGGCCAGUGCGCCGACUUCGUGAGCUUCUACGGCGGCCUGAGCGAGGUGUCCGAGCGCGCCGAGCUGCUGAGCCGCCUGGCGCAGGGCUUCGGCGUGGACCACGGCCAGGUGGCCGAGCAGAGCGCCGGCGUGCUCCAGCUGCGCCAGCAGCCGCGGGAGGCGGCCGUGCUGCUGCUGGCCGAGGACCGGCUGCGCUACGCGCUCGUGCCGCGCUACCGCGGCCUCUUCCACCACAUCAGCAAGCUGGACGGCGGCGUGCGCUUCCUGGUGCAGCUGCGCGCCGACCUGCUGCAGGCGCAGAGCCUCAAGCUGGUGGAGGGGCCGCACGUGCGGGAAAUGGACGGGGUGCUGAAGAGCAUGCUGUCUGAGUGGUUCUCUUCUGGCUUCCUCAACCUCGAGCGGGUCACCUGGCACUCCCCGUGCGAGGUGCUGCAGAAGAUCAGUGAGUCUGAGGCUGUGCACCCCGUGAGGAGCUGGAUGGACAUCAAGCGGCGUGUGGGCCCCUACCGCCGGUGCUACUUCUUCUCACACUGCUCCACACCCGAGGAGCCGCUGGUGGUGCUUCACGUGGCGCUGACCAGCGAGGUCACCAGCAACAUCCAGGCCAUCGUGAAGGAGUGCCCCUCCUCAGAGACGGAGGACAAGAACAGGAUUGUCGCCGCCAUGUUCUACUCCAUCAGCCUGGCCCAGCAAGGCCUGCAGGGCGUAGAGCUGGGAACCUUCCUCAUCAAACGUGUCAUAAAGGAGCUACAGAGGGAGUUCCCGCAGCUGGGGGCGUUUUCCAGCCUGUCCCCCAUCCCCGGCUUCACCAAGUGGCUCCUGGGCCAGCUGAGCUCCCAGAAGGAGCACGGGCACAGCCAGCUCUUCUCCGACUCCGAGGCCCAGGAAAUCGCAGCAGCCGUGGGUGGGCCCGUCCACGAGACUCUCAAGGCGGUGCUGAGUGGCCACGAGUGGGUGAAGUCGGAGAAGGUGGUGCGGGCACUGCAGGCGCCCCUGACCCGCCUCUGCGCCUGGUACCUGUACGGCGAGAAGCACCGUGGCUACGCCCUCAACCCUGUGGCCAACUUCCACCUGCAGAACGGUGCCGUGCUCUGGCGCAUCAACUGGCUGGGCGACCUGAGCCCCAAGGGCAUCACCGGCUCCUGCGGCCUGAUGGUCAACUACCGCUACUACCUGGACGAGACGGCCACCCACAGCACCGCCUACCUGGGCUCCAAGCACAUCAAGGCUUCCGAGCAGGUGCUCAGCCUGGUGGCCCAGCACCAGAAGAACAGCAAGCUGUGA